GAAUGGCUGCGGCCCCUUUAAGACCUGCCCGCUUCCUUUUCCUCCCUCCGCCCCUUUCCAUCGGCGCGUACCAAAGCGCAGAGGGAGGAGAGGGGCAGAGAAGCCUCGGCGCCGAGGAGGGGGCGGGGGCACCCAGAAGGAGAGGUCAAAAGAGAAGGGGGUCUCGAUGACUGAUUCUCCUUUCCUUUCUCCGGAGGGUAUAGCUUCCUGGAGACAGGACAAGGGGAAAACAUUCCGCCCCCCGCCACCCGGGUCUACGCGUCCCCGAGAGGCAAGGUUAUUUAGUACAGCCCACAGUUUUUUUUUUCCUGCCCCGUCCCCUCUCUCCGGCCUCAUUUGCUCUCGCCGGCUCCAGGCCGCGAGAGAGCGGCUAGAGAGGCUGGAGGGCGGCCGAGGGCGGGGUUGCUUCUUGCGCGCCCCUAGUGGUAGGAGGAUUCGGUUUCUCAGACUUCUGGCGCUGGGGUCACCAUCCCCAAGGAGGGAUCCGAAAGGAGGUGGAACGGAGACCAGAGGAGCGAAUGCGACGUGCUGGGAAAAUGCCCCCCCCAUCCGGCCCCCGCCUUUGGUUCUAGAGGUUCUAGAAUCCCUAAUAUCCUGGCAACGGGGCUGCAGAACGUCCACAGACAGCAAGGUUUUUAUAACAACGGGUAGCUUCACCGCCCCGGGUCCCCCUCUUUCCAGUCUUCCUCCCCAGCUCCUACUCCCCGUCCCCUGAGACCUAAACAGCGGCUUCUUAGCCCUCCCUGUUUUUCCCUCCUGCCCAGGAUUUCAACUCAUCUGCCAGGGGGAUGGCAUCCACACCUACCAGGAAUGGGGAGAGGGGCAGCAGGAUGUCCCAAGCUGGAACCCCCUCGGGUGGAAGUCUGAAGGUUUCAUUAUCCCGAUCUGAGGAAUUCCUGACCCGGAUCAGCACAGAACUCACCAAUGAGGCCUUGUUUAUCGCUGGCUGCCACAUGAACUCUGUGCCCACCAAGGAAAAACAGACCCAAGAUCGAGGGACUCAGAUAUCCAAACACGUGUCCUUCAAGACCCGAGGCACCGAUACCUGUUCUGACAGAAACCGUACCUGCACCAGGGCCCACCUCCUGCCGUCCCCUCGUGACAAGGGAGCUGGGCUUAGCAGCUUGACAUCUGGAGGAUGACCGCAACCUUCUGCAGUGCUGCUCUUGGCCUCUCACGCUCCCCCCAUUGUGUCCUCCUAGAACAUGCGUCAGACCUCCUCAUUCACAAGUCACUAACGCUUCGGUCUGCUGGGGACUCCUGGUCAUAAGCAGCAGCACACUUGAAGCCUCCCAGGUGUUCUGGAACCAUCUCACACCUUUCCACGCUCAGCUGGCAAGGACAUCACCAGAAAUCAAAGGCUUUAAUAAAAAGACCAAGAGAGGUCCUUCCCUCCUCCCAACCCA